AUGGAUCUCAAUCGAGAACAGCUUCGAACGAUUACUGGUGGUGGCCGGGGUGCCAAAAUUGAACGUGUGCUCUCUAUUGCUAGCUUUGUCGGUGAAUUCGAUCAGCUAAAUCAUCAUCACUCAGUGCUCAAUGUGUCUUCUGGAUUUAACGCUAAAUACGAUUUUUUUGGAUAUCGCGAUCUGAUCGAGCCCAAAACUAUCAAGAAGAAGCGCAGCCAGAGUAUGGAACAACCACGUAGUAUUCCUUUUGGCGUGAACAAAGCAAAGCCUACGAAAGGUCCAAGCUUUUUCUUCAAAUCGCCUGCUUUAAAUCAAAAACCUAAUACCCAGAGCAAUCGUCAAGGAUCGUCCCAAACAAGUGGAAGCUCUAAUAUUGGGAAGAAUGAGACUUUGAACAACUUCAUGGAAAAACAAAUUGACUUAAAAAGUAUGAUGAUGCGCCUAGUCGCCUUCUUUCAUUCGGUUUCCAUUGAUAAAGAUCAACAACGAAUCCAUGGAGAAUAUUAUAACAACAUUUACCUUGGCAAGCGGAUGUUUGGUCCAGCAAGAAAGCAAAAGUUUUUAAGCACGAUUACGGGUGGCAUGGAACGGCGAUUCGAGAUUCUCGACAGUCAGGUUGAAUAUCAACCAUUCACCCAUAUUUGGUCUGAUAGAAAUCCAGGAAAAUGCCGUAAUCCUCAAGUUACAUGCAAGGAUGAUAGCCGAGUAGAACUAUUGAAUGUUGCUGGCACAGAAGCUACUUUCAUUCACGCAAACUUGAUUAAAGGAGGGCCGCUUUUCAACUCUUUCAUUUUAACUCAAGCUCCCUUAGAGAACACUAUCGGUGAUUUCUGGCAAAUGGUUUGGAGCAAAAAGAGCCCAUACAUUUUCAUGCUAAUUGGUAAAGAUGAUACUUCUCGAUGUGCAUCAUAUUGGCCCAAACUCAAAGGUUCGCAAUACAAAGUUCAAUACAAAGGGCAGCACAAAGAUGAUGACCUUUUAAUUGUCAACUUGGGUGUGGAUGAAGCCACUGAUCCGCUAUUUUGCGUGACUUAUUUGGAAAUCCGUCAUCUUGCAACCAAAACUUCAUUUUUAUUGGAACAUUGGCAGGCCGAUAUGAAUGAUGCAAAGGAUCUUGAAGCCCCACUGCGUUUGCUUCACGUCUCCAGAAACUGCUCUGAACCAGUAAUUGUUAUGGAUCACUUGGGGAUUAGUCGUGCUGGAUGUUUGGUUUCCAUCGAAACAGCAAUUUGCAGUUUGCUGCGUGGUCCAGCUUAUAAGCAUACUAUUUAUUCGGCAAUCCAAUUUGUAAGAUCGCAACGCCCGUUCUGUGUUGAAACACCAAUUCAGUACAUUUACAUAACAAGAUGUGUUGCUCGCUUCUUUGAACAUCUGGUUGGCGAAAUUCCCAUGCUUCAAGAAAAUUACCAACAAUGGCUGGAACACCGAGCCAUGCGAAUGUUUUUGGACUUUGAUGGAUCGCUUUCGGGACACGCUAUGCUGAGUCCUAGAGUGGACCCGGAUCUUCUUAAACAAGUUAGACGACCGCCACGAAGUAACCUUAAGUGCGAAGCUGCUUCUGGAAUGGGAGAAUUACCACUGACGCUCACCUCGAUUACCCGAAGCGAAGAUGGUGGGCGCCAUGAGGAACUUGAAGAAAAUGUUGAGCUAUCAGUUCGAAGAACCGUGUCAACAAUUACGCAGAAAAAGGAAUUUAUGACUCCAAGCAUGAGUAAUGCAAACGAUUUCAAAACAGCUGGAGGGAGCAAAAUUGACAACGGAAUGUGUAACAUGACAAAUGUCUUUUUCGUUGCUAGGCUAAAGGAUCCAAGUGUUAUCUUCAUUGAUGAGCUUGAUGGUGUCGCAACUUCUGCUGAAGAAAGACUUCUGGUUUUUGGAGCAACCAAUCGACCACAAGAACUGGACCUGGCAGCACCACGACGUUUUGCAAAAAGACUUUACGUACCAUUGCUAGAGGAGUUAUCUAGGAGACAAAUGGUUGAAAACUCCCUCCGGCAAAAUGUUCACAGCAUUCCGGAACUUGGUGAAAUUGCACAGAUAACUAGAGGGUAUUCUGGAGCCGAUAUG